UCAGUUGGAAAUGAGAGAGGAGGAGAAAGACCCGGGUGCAGAGGUUGAUCACAACAGGACUAUGAGCCACCAGUGUGAUGCAGCUGCGAGCAAGGCAAACGCAAUCCCAGGACGUAUCCGGUGAGGCAUUUCCAGGAGAGGUAGACGCCUGGCCAGGUGCAGCGAUGACGCCGAAGGGACCCCACCCCGUGCUGCUGCUGGGCCUGGUUCUGCUGGCUGGCUGGCUGGCCCGGCUCGGCCAAGGAGCCAGCCACCCGCAGUUCUUGAGGCAGCAUGUCGACAACCCCAAGACCAGGGCCCGGGAUGACCGGAGGUACUGCAACAUGAUGAUGCAGCGCCGGGGCAUGGCCCGCCCCUGCAAACACACCAACACCUUCGUCCACGCUCCCGCCAGCCAGCUCCAAGACAUCUGCGGCCGGGCAGGCCGGCACGUCACUCGCAACCUGUACGACAGCAACAACCGCUACCGCAUCACCAUCUGCCGGCUGUCUGGGGGGUCGACCCGCCCGCCCUGCAACUACCGCGGGGGCAGCAGCACCCGGCGAAUCCGCGUGGCGUGCAUCGGGGGCCUGCCCGUGCACUACGACAGGAACCUCUAGAGCCGGGCGGCCAGGCCUGGGGCGGGAGCCAGGGCAUCCUGCUGCUUUCGCUCUCCACGGACACUUCCAUGGCUGGGGGCUCCCCAGCUCCGUCCCUGACCCCUCCUGGAUCCACCCUCGGCUCAAGGCACCCGGUAUGAGAUCCAGGAACUGGGGGGGCUCAAGCCAGGCGUCCGAGUCCAUGGUGAGGACCCCGACAUCAGAGUGACUGACCAUGGCGAGCACUCGGCUAACGCAGCUUCCACUGAGUCUGCAGCGUGGAAAAAAACAGCCUUCUGGAUAUCUAGUGCCCCACGAUUUAUUGUAAUCCCCAUUGAUCCUUCUGCAGCUGCUCAGAGUUGUCACCCCACCCCCACCCUCUGCUGCCCCCUAGUGCCCAUUAUACAGUACAGCCGCCCCUUCCCCACCCCCACCCUCUGAUGCCCCCUAGUGCCCAUUAUACAGUAUAGCCGCCCCAUCCCUGCCUCUCACCCUCUGCUGCCCCUAGUGCCCAUUAUAUGGUGUAGCUGCUCCAUCCCAUUCCUUACCCAUGCGGUGGUGAGAUUGAUGUUGGGAGAAGUGUGUCUCA